AUGGUGCCAAACAUUGCGAAAUCGUGCUUUCUUGAACGACCACCUGCUGCUAAGAUGAUAGAAGCUCAAAACGAUGACCUGAGUUCAAAAGUUAUCAACUUUACAAUGAGUAGAACCUCCAAGGACAUUCUUAAUAUGUUAAAAGGGAAUGCCAAAUUUGCAGAUGAAGUUGAAAAUCAGGACCUGAAAACGCAAUGGGUGAUUCAGCUUGCGUGGUUGAUCACAAUCUACAAAUUUAGCACAUCUCCGACAAUGUAUUUUUUUGGAGAUUACUCAAAUGAACGGCCAUUUGCGACGGGGGAAGAAAGAAAUGAUUUCAAAACUAGCGACCUUACGGUACAGCUCCACAUAGAUUCCCAGGACACAUUACAGGGCAUGCUUUCCGAUAUAAUACAUAAGAGAAAAGCGGCCUCGAUAAGCACUGGCACCAAUGAGAAUCACAGAUGGCGCUACAGGAAAGCCAUUUACAAUACGCAUGUUAUAUACCAGACAGAUGAGAAAUCAAAGAAUACGAGUGUUCUGAGCGGAUACACCAAUUCAAGUUAUAGCCAGACGAGGAAUGGUAUGAUCAGCAACGAGCGCCUUCAAUUAGAAUUCCCUGUUUCGGCUUCUCGACUACAGAUUUCAUAUGCAAGCGAAGGGAAUAUAACUGUUCAAGCUCACCUCACUAUGAAUGAACUUCCAGCCCCCUUGGCAAAACGCUUAUUUCAUCAUUUCGACAAAGCAUUGUCGACUAUCUGUGACAUGCCUAUUCAGCCUGUUGGUGCUAUAGAUCUAAUGACACCAUAUGACUAUAACUGGAUUACCGAACUGACGCAGUCGAUAUCGCCAACUAAACAUGGGCUAUUACAUGAAAUGUGCUUGGCACACGCUAAAAGUCAUCCGAAUGCCCCUGCUGUACGUUCAUGGGAUGGAGACUUUAACUACCAAGAGUUGAAAGAUCUGGUUCAUCGACUAACACACUGGCUAGUUGACCAAGGCGUUGGCCCAGGCAUCUUUGUGGCAUGUGUGUUUUAUAAGUCGGCCUGGGCAAUUGUAGCCCGUCUUGCAGUUCUCAUGGCCGGAGGUGCCUACGUUUGUGUCGACGCCCACGAUCCACCAGCGUACCUGGCAUCUGUCCUAAAAAGAACUCGAAUCACCAUUCUGUUGAGUUCUUUCGGAUUUUCAAAAGAUUUUCAUGAUCAGGUAGAGGUCUGUUUUGAAGUAAGCGCCACAUCUAUUCAAGCGUUGCCAUUCAAAGCAGGAGUACCGUGUUCAAAUGUCACAUCGAAUGAUCCUUGCGUUGUGCUAUUCACCUCGGGAAGUACUGGAACACCAAAGGGAAUCAUCCAGGAGCACCGAAGCUACGCUUCAGCAUUGGUGGACUAUAUCAGAGUUAUGAAGAUGGAUUCGCACUCCCGUAUGUUUCAAUUCGAUGCCUACGCAUUUGACAUCAGCAACAAUGACUAUUUGGCACCUUUGAUUGCUGGCGGAUGCUGUUGUGUCCCCACAACAUCCCUUUCGAUGGAGGCGCUGAUGACAGAUUUCAUGGAUCUGCAAGCUAAUGUGAUGUUUGUUACGCCAUCUGUUGCUAUUGAUAUUGACCCAGACCGUAUCCCUACAUUGGAGACUAUUUGCAUUGGGGGCGAGCUGAUAUCUGAUGCUGUCCUUUCCAAGUGGCUCUGCCGCGUGCGUGUCGUCAACCAGUACGGUAUGGGCGAGGUCGCUUCUAUGUGCGCUUAUAACCCCAGUCUGAGAAUCGGUCAAGGUGCAGUGAUUGGACGUCCUGCAACAGGAGCAAUUUGGAUAGUAAAUGCCGAUAAUGCAGAUCAACUAAUGCCGGUCGGAGCUGUGGGUGAAUUGCUUAUAGAAGGCCCCCAUGUUGCUCGGGGAUAUCUUGAUGGAGUAUCCGGACAAUCUGGAAAUUUUCUCGACACGCCUCCUCCGUGGAUGACUCAAAUACACCUUCACAGAGAGUUGAACCGAUUAUACCGAUCGGGAGACCUGGGUCGGUAUAACGAUGAUGGUAGCAUCGAGCUAAUUGGUCGAAAAGAUUCCAUGCUCAAACUUGACGGAGCCCGGAUAGAGGCUGAUCAAGUAGAGUAUAUUUUGAGUCGCGAGUUGUCAAAGGCCGACACUGUUAUAGUUGAUGUGCUUGGUACUAUCGACGGGUUUAGUGACCCAAUCCUUGUGGUAUUUUUGUUUUUGGGAAAUAACCCGUUAAAUCUGACGGAUAUUCCUGUUGAAAACAUGCAAUUUAGCCCUGUCAAGUCUUGUCAUGCUGUGUAUUCUUUGACAAGAGGCUUGAUUGAUGCACUUCAAAAGAAUUUGCCCUCCCACUACAUCCCAAGCUUGUUUCUAUUAAUUGAUUGUAUACCUCGGACAAAAUCUAAGAAGACAGAUCGCCGAAAGCUACAUAUGCUAGGUCAAAACUACUACCUGGCACACCGGGAGGAGUUGAGAGAGAUAACAGUUUGGCCUCAUUGGGAAUGA